AUGGAUUCAAUCAUUAAUGCAGCUUCUAUGGUCCUGAAACUCCAAAGAGAUGUAAAAAAGGCAACCCUAAUUUUGGGAGACAUACUCGUAUUGCAACCGAUUGAGAAUGAAAUCGAAUCAGGCGUAGAGAAUUCUUUACAGAAUCAGCUAACUAAGAUAGUGCAAGGUUAUGUGAUACAGGAUAAUACUAAUAAUAAUAAUAAAAAAUCCAUGGUAGAAAACGAUUUAUGUGAGCUAAAUAAUUAUGUUUGCCUUGCACUUUCAAAAAAAUUUGAAUUGAGUGGCGAUAGCAAAAAUUUCAACAUAGCAGAGCCGGAACGAUGGAUGCAGUUAUUAGAGACAUUGACUGAUUCGGUUAGUUCUGCUGUGGUCAUCCAAAUUAUUCUCACUUUAUCCAACAUUUCGCUAAUAAAUAAACAAGAUUUGGGCAAGUUGAAACAAUUGAGAAUUGGAAUCUUCGAAGUAUUGUCAAAGAAAAACGAUACCUGGAAAUAUAUACUACUACAAAGAAUCCUUAUGGAGUGGUAUAUUGUGAUGCUUUCUGUAGAUUGCACACCUUCAGAGUUACAGCAGCUGUACCUUUCCAAGAACCUGAAAUUUUGUGAUGAUGUUUUGAGUUCAUUAACACUACAAGUAUCUGAUCCUCAAUCACAAAAUUACUUACAGUUUGAGAAUUCAUAUAAAAUUUUUCAACUGCAAGAAUCACAGAAAAUCAAUCACUCAUUUCUCUUCUACGUUGAACUAAAUUCCGUUACCUCAAAUAGGAUAAUGACCAUUGGCAGUCACAUUUAUUUAGAAGUUAAAGAAGGACAACUUUGUAUCUCAAACGAUAAUUACAUGAUUGGUCUGUUUGAAAACUUUGAAUUUGAGGUGGGAGUGUUGUACUUUAUUGUGGUUAUAAUUGAUCGCAGUAAUCGAAUAAGCUUGUAUGUUGAUGGGAAUAUGAUUAAUCAACUCACGUUAUUUGAAAAUGCCAUAUGCCGAUUUAGCACUUGUGAACUGGGCUCCAUGAUAUGUUCCUUCAAACUGUAUAGAUUUUGUUUAUGGGAUGGAUCACUAACUGAAUUUGCUAUAAAUAUACUUCCUGCUAUCGGCACUUAUUACAAUUAUACAUUUAGUAAGAAAAAUGCAAAUUUAGGAGUCUUAUCGAAUUACCAGAGUGUUUUGAUUGCUAGAGCUCGUUCGAUGAUGACAUCACCAACGAAGAUAUUAUCCGUAAAUCUUAUAAGUGAGGUUGGGCUUCUUGAAAUAGAGAAUAUUGUUGUUGAUUUUAACCCGAAUGAUAUUCGAGAGGAUUUCACCGAAUCCGAUAAUUUCACAAUAAUAUUCAAAGAAAAUAUACACUCAAAAGAUAUCCCAGAAACGGGCAAAUGCUUUCUCUAUCAGAGUUCAAACCUGAUUUCAACAUUCGUUUCUAUUGAUUCCAUACGACUUGCCUUUUUAAAUGUAACGAAAUGUGAAAACAUGGAUGACCUGUUCCGCCAAGUAUCACAUCUAAUGAAUCUUUUACGAAAUGUUGAUAUUCUUAAUUGGUUUAAGAAAGACUUCGGGUUCCCAUUGUUUGCUUACACAUUAACACAAAGAAUAAGGCAAGGUUUAUGUCAGCCUCUGAAUAUCCAAUUUUUUAAUUUAUUCUUGGAGUUUUGUGGGUGGGACUUCAACGAUAUUUCUAAGUCCAUAAUUUUGGAUACAGAUGCCUACGAGAACUUAGUGCUUAAUUUGGAUUUGUGGUACGAGAAUGAAAGUUCUUUUGCAUCAGGUGGAUCAGAGAUUAUUAGAUUUCUUUUUUUUCAAACUUCAAGCUUGGUGGAAGCUUCUGUUUAUUCCGAAUUUAAUGCUGGAAAGUUGAAUGACAUGAAUACUCUAGAAAAAUUAUGUUUAGGCUAUCAAGCCGUCGUGAAGAAAGAGAAUCCAAAUAGUCAGCUCAGUGAGCUGUCAAAUGACUUGACUUCUGUACUAGUGAUUUUACUGAAAUACAACUUUAGCAAAAGGCAUCUGCAGUGGCUUUUACAUCUUUCAUAUUACUUCAUUAAAGGAAAUGAUAUGCGCUCUUCUGGUAUUAUGCUUCAGACGGUAGACCAGCUCUUUUCGUUCUACUUAGAUCAAGACAGCGACGAAAAUGCGAGGAUGAUGUCAAGAAUAAUGCCCAUCAAGCUAGUGUUGAUGAUUAUGGAUCGGCUAGUGGAAGAUAAUGGAUCAGGCUUCCUCACGUGCUUGAAUAUUUUAUUCAAGAUAAUUCUGACCAACAAACCGCUAUUCAAACAAUUUUAUAAAAAUGAUGGUUUUAAACUCAUAUUGAGCAUGAUUUGUAAAGUGGGAAAAUGUCAUCGACAGGUGAUUAUUUCUUUACUUCUCACCUAUUCAAUAGGUAAUUAUACCACGACUAACGAACUGUUUUCAGAUGCUGAAAAUAAUAUAAUAAGAGAGAUUCGAGAUGGUAAGAUAACAACAGCGGAAAUCAUUUGUUUGAUUAUCAGCUUCAUAGAAUGGCAUGUGAUUAACUGUAAUGUCAAUGAUGCUUCUUCUUUGUCAAAUCUGAAUUGCGACAUAAUAAGAUUCGUCGAUAAUCUAGAGUUCUUAAGUACAGUUCCUGCUAAUAAAUCCACAUUCGAUCCUAGGUACAGUUAUGUGAUCGUUUCAUUAUUAGAUCUCUUGAUAGCUUUAAGAGAAUCCGAAGGCAUCUUUGAGUUCAAAAGCUCUUCCCAAGUAAUUUCUAGGAUGAUUAAAAAUACCGUAACGAAUGCUCUUACGAAAUACGCCGCUUAUGAUUUUGAAGUCUUUUUGAGUGCAUUUUUUUGUCACAAUACAGAAUACAAGCUAGUCCAUCCCAAAACUGUAAUAGAUAACUGCAAUUAUUUACAGCUCUCAUUCACAUUGAUUAUUUUACCUGAAAUACUUAAUGACAUGAUAGGUAGGUUUAACAAGUUAAACUCAAUGAUGUCGAAAUAUCCAUACAUAAUUUCAAAUCUGCUUUACCUUCUUCGAAAAUUUCGGCCCGAUACAUCACAAAUUGUCAUGCCCAAAGAAUUUUAUUUUUCGAGUUAUACGAGUCUUCUCCAUUGUGUCAGUCAGAUUAAUAAAUCAUCAUUUUACCAUUUCAAAAAUGUUUCAAAGUCGCAAUUAUUACAGGAUUUUAAACUUUGCAUAACAAACUUAAUAUACUUUAGUACAGCUAGGGAUAUAAUUUGGGGGACAGAAGAGUACGAGAUGUUUUCUAAAUCAUUAAUGCUGCAUCAAGAAAUUUUAUUCGCGCGUGGGGUAUGCGAUAAUGAGAUUACCGGUUUAUUGUUGAUGUUUUUAGUAAAUAGGUUGCACGACCAUGGAUACAACAGAAUAAUUUUAGACUGUAUCAAAAUGAUCAUAAAAAAAAAAGAAAGGAAACUAAAGGAGUUAGCCAAUUUCUUUGAUGUGAUUAACAAAUGUGACGUAGUCGACGGUUUGGCUCAUGUACUGUCAGACAAUAGUUGUGACACAAUGGACUUUACAGCGAAACAAUAUUCAUUUUUUUUCAAUGAUUCACAGCAGUUACGAUUUAAAAACACUCUCGCCAAUAUCUUAUUAAAGAAUACACAUUUUUCAGCGUUAAGCAUUCAGCAGAUCAAUAAUCAAGUCUAUGAAUGGAAAAAUGCAAGAUUCGAAUACAUGACCCAAAACAACAAGAAAUGCCUUAUUUUAUUUAAGAGAGAUAACACUCCUUUAGAGUUUAAAAUAAAAAAGUCUAUAUCAAGAUACAUCUCCAACAUCAAAACGGAUAGGGAAGAGAACUCAGUAUUCUUUCGAAAUAAUUUGAAUCUUUUAAUUUUCCAUCUGAGACAUGUAUUGGAGAUACAGUUGGAUCCUAAUACAUCCUGUAAAUGGUCGCUGGAUUUUGUAGAAGAUUUCAAUGGGAUGAAGAGAAGGCUUUUGCCAGCUUGGGAACCGAAAAAUGAACCACUACUUAAUGAUGAGGACAUGAGCCAUGAAACCAUAACAAGUGGUAAUAGGCAAAGGAGAGAAAGUGGAAGCAUUUUGUCUUACGAAUUUAUCGAUCAUGUAGAAACUCUUGAAUCGGAAACAGUUGGCGAUUUGAAUGAAAAUAGGAAAAUUCUUAGACUUUUAAGAGACAGAGAUUCUAUUGUAACUAUUUGGAACUGCAGUCUAAUUAUUGGAUUGGAAAUUAAGGAAGGAAUUUUAAUUCAUGGUAGUAAUUACCUUUACUUUGUAAGUGACUACUAUUUUAAUUUAGAGGAUAAAAAAAUCUCCAAACUAUCCGAAAUAGCGCAAGAAUUACGAGAUAUGACGGUUAGUUUGAUCAAUGGUCCUAAUGCAAAAAGGAUAUCAACACUCCUCAAACAUGAAGUUUUUGUUUGGAAGCUUCUCGACCUUACUUUUGUAACUAAAAGACCAUUUCUACUCCGCGAUGUUGCCAUCGAAUUAUUAUUUGAAGAAAGAGUUAGCGCGUUUUUUAGUUUUUAUAACAAAAAGGUCAGGGAUGACAUUCUACGAGUACUGAAUAAGAUUCCUAAGCACCUUCCGACCGAUCCAAUUUUUUCGAGUGUUUUGCAGGAAAUAAAUAACCGAGGAAAUAGUAUAGUGACAAAAAACGGUAUAGGAAAGGCAAGCAUUGCUUCUAAAUUCACCAGUGUCUUCUCUGCGAACAAUAGCUUGAUAGAUGGAUUUGAGCUCAGCAAGAAAUGGGUUAAGGGAGAGAUUUCAAAUUUUUAUUAUUUGUUGAGUAUCAACACCCUAGCAGGAAGAACAUUUAACGAUUUAACUCAAUAUCCGGUGUUUCCUUGGGUCAUUGCGGAUUACGAAAGUAACGUGCUUGAUUUAGAGGAUCCUCAAACUUAUCGAGACCUUUCUAAACCUAUGGGUGCUCAAAGCGAGAAAAGAAAAUUACAGUUUAUUGAACGCUAUGAAGCAUUGGCCUCCUUAGAUGAUCCUGAUUCGGCUCCAUUUCAUUAUGGAACGCAUUAUUCCUCAGCUAUGAUAGUAUCUUCGUACUUAAUAAGGCUGAAGCCUUUUGUUGAAUCUUUUCUAUUGUUGCAAGGUGGAAGUUUUGGCCCUGCAGAUCGACUAUUCAGUUCUCUUGAAAGGGCUUGGAGCUCAGCGUCUUCUGAAAAUACGACAGAUGUAAGGGAAUUGACACCUGAGUUUUUCUUCUUACCUGAAUUUUUAACGAAUGUAAAUAAUUAUGACUUCGGUACAGAUCAAGGUGGCAAAAAAGUUGAUGAUGUUGUCCUUCCUCCCUGGGCAAAUGAAGAUGCAAAGGUUUUUAUCCAAAAGAACAGAGAAGCUUUAGAAAGUCCUUAUGUCUCGGCACAUUUGCAUGAAUGGAUUGAUCUGAUAUUUGGUUAUAAACAAAAGGGUGAAAUUGCUGUGCAGUCUAUUAACGUAUUUAAUAGGUUGAGUUAUCCCGGCGCUGUCAAUCUUGAUAACAUUAACGAUGAAAACGAGCGAAGAGCUAUCACUGGCAUUAUUCACAACUUUGGUCAGACGCCUUUGCAAAUAUUUCAGGAACCUCAUCCCAAAAAGGUAGCCAAUAAUGUUAGACAAUUAACACCAGAAGGCUGGCAUAAUAUUCCAAGUAAGCCAAUAUUCGAAAAAACAAUCUACAACUUGAACGAGAAGAACAAGUCAGUGGAUUAUGUUGUUCAUGAUCCUAGUUGCUUCGAUUCGCUAUACUGGAGAGGGUUUGCUUUUCCAAACUUAUUUUUUAAAACAGAAGAAACAUUAGUGUCUUUAAGAAUUGUGAAUAAAAGUUCGUUAAAGAUUGGAUUAGACAUUUUCGAAAAUAGGCAUAUGGCUCAAAUUACAUCUUUUAUGUACUGGAAGUCAGGCCAAUUCAUAACUGGUGAUAAAACUGGACUGAUAAAAGUUUGGAAAUACCAUAAAGAUAAACAUUCUGCUUCCGGUAACCUUGAAAAAAAGAAAACGAUGUUUGGGCACUUAUUUGAACUCAAGGAGAUGCGUUGUUAUUACGAUUACAAUACCCUUUUAACCUUAGAUAUCAAUGGCUCAGUAUAUAUCUGGGAUAUGAUUAAUUUCGAAUUAGUGAGGCAAAUCGCGAAUAAUGCGAAAAAUAUAGCAAUAUCUCAACAUAACGGAAAUAUAAUGGCCUUGACCGAAAAUAACAGCAUUAUAAUUUUCAACUUGAAUGGCGAAAAAUAUACAUCAAAGGAGUUUGGACCAGUUAAAAUCGCAACUUCAAUUGAUUUUUUUGAUUUCACUAAAUUGGAUACAGGCUACAGAAAACAUGACUAUUGGAAAGAGAUAGAAAUACUACUGGUUGGGUUUUCAGAUGGAACAAUAGAGAUUUAUGAACUCUUCUUGACUUUUCACAACGAAUGGGCAAUAAAACUACUGAAACAACUCUCUACAGAGGGAGAGAAAGCCAUAACUUGCAUUAAGGCGCGGGGGAAGACAUAUCUGUCUCAGAAAAGACGCAAAGAUACAACAAAGCCUGAUGAAAUAGAAAUAAUUGCAGGAACCCUAGAUGGUAGGUUAGCUAUUUGGUACUAG